AUGGGGAGGAUCAAGAAGGUGGCCUCGGAGCGGCACACGGCGACAGCAUCGCCAUUCAUAUCGGAGUUCGUCAAGGACGCUACAUCAGCGCCUCUGCACGAGCUUCCAGCAAAGCUUGAUGGCUUUCCACAGCAAUGGCCGUAUCCUAGGGGUGAUAUGUACCACUGGAUCCCGCUUCUCGACCGUUUUGACCAUGUGCUCGAGCUCUUCAACAAGGAGUAUGGCCUCACGAAAGGACCGCAGCAAGAGCCUUUUCAGUGUCGGCUGUUGAAGAAGGGUGAUGCGCAGGAGGACAUGCCCUAUCCGUCAACGGGUGCACAACAGGAAGAGCUGGACAGACUACGUUUUCCCGAAGAUGGAGAUCAAGAGCUGGUGGCAUCCAUACUGAGCUUCACGCGGGCGUUGCUGGAGUCAUGUGGCAACCGUAGUCUGUAUGCGAGCAGUAGUCAUCUCAACGACCUGCUCAACACGACUUCGCUUAGUCUGCUCCGGCUAUGUUUGAGACUCGGCCUGCGGCUGGCUCAGCGGUAUCAGGUGGCUCGGUAUAAGAACAACCACCCGCACGCACAAGCUGUCCUGCUCAAGAGCCACUACGACCUCAACUUCGACCGACUACAGAAGAUCGCACAGCCGUUCCCAAGGCCGCCACAAGCAGCGCCUGGGACAGGGACGACGCCCGGCAAGGGCAAGGAGAAGAGCGGGCAGGGACCAACCUUCAACCCAGGUGACCUGGUCGCGAUAGCCAAGGAGCCCAAAGGCACUGUAGCUAAGACUGACCUCGCCGGCAUUCACAUCACCUACUACGACCAGCCAUCCCCCGCUUCUCGUCCCGGCACCUCGCACCAGCCCACGGAAGCUGCUCCUGUGACGCCAACACCCGCUCGCAGGCCAUCAGCGCUUGGCCCUUCGCGCGAUCGCCCAUCGAUGGGUGAGCGAAGCGACACUGGUGAAGGAGGCCCAACUCCGGCCAAAUCCAAGGAGACCGAAGGAGCCUCUUCGUCGGCUCCAAAGACAUUCCAUGUCCCGUCCACAAAGGUCGCGAACACACCCAGUUGGGAAUUGGUCAAGGAAGGGCUCCAAGACCUACCUGCUGAUUCAUCGUACGACCUUCUCAACCGUGUGCGGAUUGCGAAAGCUUUUGCCGAGGCCAAAGAGAAGGCUCAGCUUUUGGUCGAAGUCCGACUGCUUGCGGUUUCCAAUCUUGCUUACGCUUGCAAUGAGUCAAAGUUUCAGGAGAGGAUUGGGCAGGCCGAUCACGAGGAGCCCAAGCGCUUUCAUCUUGCGCAACAGCUGUGUGAUCUCCUGCAACCACCGACGAGCGUGCAGGUCACACUUUCGCUUCAAACAGAGACAGCAGUGUUGCUGACCAUCGAAGCGCUCUCAAGGCUUCGACACAAGGCCCAUGAAGUUUCUGAUUGCCUGCAGACAGCCCAAAACCACGGUGUUCUUUACUACGAGCUACGCAAAGUCAUCGCGACGCUCAAUGUCGAAGAGCACCAGGACAAGAACGUCGAGCUUGAGGAGACGAAGUGGCGUGAAGCGACAUUCGACGUGGUUCACACCCUGCUACAGUCCAACACUCAAGCUAGACCGGCAGAGCGCAUGGUCUCGGCGGGCAUCAUGUCGAUCUUGGUUGAAGCCCUUAGUCUCCGGACAUCUCGCGCUGAACGCUUUUACGAUAAGGUCUUGGCGUUCUUCGACAGCUUCAUCCAUGGCGUACAGUCGGCGUUCCAGACCUUGGCUAAUAUCAAGGGCUUCGACAUUAUCGCCGACCUGACCAGCUUCCAAGUCACCAAAUCGCUGGAGGCUGUCAAGGAAGGCAAAGGACUGCCUGCCGAGCUGAAGUCGAAGGUCGUGGAUUAUGAGAUCCCGUUCUAUCAGCAGACGACGCUCCGACAGCUCUUCAAGUUCAUCGCGCACAUGUUUGAGCAUAAUGCCGGCACGCACGAUCGCUUGCUCAGGAACUUGAUCGAUACGCCACAAAUUCUCGGUGCUCUACGCAACGUGAUUGAGAAUGCGCCCAUUUUCGGAUCGAAUGUCUGGAGCGGCGCCGUCAACAUCAUGAGCACCUUCAUCCACAAUGAGCCCACCAGCUUUCAAGUUGUUGGCGAAGCUGGCCUUGUGAAGAGCUUACUGCAGACCGUGGUACCUUGGGAGCUCAAGGAUGACGAUGAGACCAGCGAGAGCAUCGACGAUAUUCCCGUAUCGCUUGAGUACAAGGACGGAGAGCUGCAAUAUCCCACGCCCAUGGGCAUCCUACCUGUUGGUGAGACGAUGUGUGACAUUCCGACUGCUUUCGGCGCGAUAUGCCUCAACGAAAACGGCAUGAAGCAGUUCCAGCAGUCCAAGGCAUUGCUCAAAUUCAUGGACAUCUUCGUUUCGCCCCCGCACAUCCGUGCACUGGAAGACGAAGGGCAGACCGCCGCAGCCAUCGGUCAAGCCUUCGACGAGCUAUCUCGCCAUCACCCGCAGCUCAAGGAGCAGAUCAUGAAGACUGUUGUCAUCAUGGUGAGGCGAGUCGGUGAGGUCUGCCGCUACCUGUCUCAGCACAAGGGUGUCGGCGCUAAGCUAUGGGAGAGGACGACCUCUGGUAUCGCGGUGGCUGGUGGUCGUCAGGCUCUCGCCCCUGGCCUCGACUCCACGUCAACCGAACCAGUCAAGCCAGAGGACAUUGAGGAAGAAGACAAGGACCGUGUUAGUGGUGUGCCAUUCAUCAGCGCCUGCUUCAAGUUCUUGGACGGCUUCUUCAACAACCAAGGCAUGUGCUCGUACUUCUGCGAGCAGGGCGGUGCUGUGUACCUACUCGACCUUGCGACUUCCACCAGUAAUCCCCACGACCUCGUCGCCUUCCCAGUGUUCAGCAAGAUAGCGCACGUUCUCAAGGCGAUGUGUGAAGCGAAGCCACAUCUAGUGCUCCCAAGUCUCAUCAACAGGACCCAGACCGCGAUUGCGAACCUCAAGCCACUGGUCGGAGUCCAGAACCCACAGGGCGUCUUUGCCACGUACACCGACCUUUCGAAACCGCAGAUCUCAUCUCUGCCCAGCGAGGCACCUGGCACUACUGUCGUCAAGUCGCUAGCGGUCCUGCACAUGCUGACGCACAUCCUUGGACGAGCUCUGGCACCUCCCUCGCAUGCGUCUGCACGUCACGGUCACGUUCCUAACCCACUCUUUGCUACACUCAACUUCACCGACGUGUACAUUGAGCUGGUCGACAGCCUGUGCCAGCUACAUGCUACCUGCAUCUGGGAGAACCUUGCUCUGCAGAAGAGCUUCUCAGAUGAGCGCAAGAAGCAGACAGACCCCAAGCCUUUUAUGAUGAGGCGUGUGGACGCGAACGGCGAUGUUGAUUAUGCUGCAGAGAUCCGAUCUGGGAACCAGACCAACGGGACUGCUGAGAACGGAUCUGGGGACAAGUCUGCCUCGGAAGAUCGCGAUGACAAGUUCGCGGUCAAGAACGCCAAAGCCCUGCGGUAUCUCCUUAGCCAGGCUCCGAUGGGCAUUGAAGCGUUCUUCCACUCGCUUGGACAAGCUCUCACCCCUCGCCGGCCGAGCGACCGCAACGUCAAGGAGCACGGUGCAAUUGUCGCCGAGCACAUGGCUCAAGCGCUCGUAUGGGAGCUUGAGUUCAAGAAGUUCGGGACGACAGACGAGCUCACCGACUGCAAAUAUGUCACCCAGGUGGCCACCGCGUGCAGUAGAAUUCUCCUGCGAAACAGCCACAACAUGGAGGGACCGUGGGGCACCAAAGAGGCUCUGCUGCUCUUGCUCAACAAAUUCUACCUUGCUAGUGGAUUCGAGAAGCUGAACGGCAGCCUUCAACACUUUGCGGAUAAGCUGGUUGGUGACUCUGUCGACGAAGCAGUGACCUCGUCCGUUCGCGAGCUCCUCGGUACCAUACUUGGUUUCUACAGCCAGGUGGUCAAGGCUAAGUGCGCCGCUGAGCCCGGUCAGGCGCAGGUCUUCAACAACUCCAAUCGCGAGGAGGCGAGCUACUUUGUUCCCGGCCAGUUUGUGGUUGAGAUCCGCAAUGCAGUCCUUCCAGCAGUUGACCGGCUUUGGCAUUCCGCAGCACUUGAGCGCUUGGGCGACCACCAAGCGAAGACUGUCAUCGAAGUCCUGCGAUCGGUUCUCAAGGCCGAUGGUGAGGAUAAGGCGGUCAAGCGUGGCGAUAAAGCGAGCCGUCGUGUGCGAGGAGCGAAGGUAGAGUUCAAGCUCAAGAAUGCCGACGGUGUGCGCACGCUCAAGUCCAGCGGCUACGAUGUUCCACUGGCGCGUGAGGCUCUGUACCGUUGCGGUGGUAAUGAAGCGCAUGCGCUAGAGUACUGCAGCCUCCGGAAGCUCAGUGUCAAUGCGCCGUCCUUCCCGGUCCCUGAAGGCGAGCCACCAGCAGACCAGUUGGAAGCAUCUUCAGACCUCCCAAGCAGUGAUCCCGCGCCUUCCGAUGGACCCUCGUUGCAGCGUGGCGAUUCUGUAGAAAUGACAGAUGCCGCAACAGAACAGCAACGAUCCGCUGACGACGAGGAUGAGGAGCCAGAGGAUGGGGACGACAUGUCAGAAGAGGGCCGCACGAGCACAGGAAGGCUUCCCAAUGAAAUGAUUGUGUCCGACCUUCUCGCAAUGGCUGGCGGCGAGCGCAUGACGAGAAUAGAAGGCCUGCUGAGCGGCAACGGAGGCCCAUCAUCGAGCAAUUUGCCAGCUGCAACCACCAACGAGCCAUCAAAGGAUACACAUCAACCAUUCACGACCAUCGAAGACCUCGACGAGAAGCGUACGGCGGUACGUGAGGAUCUCAUCGACCGAUGCUUGGAAGUGCUCAGCGCUCAGUCUGGCGUCACGUUCGAGCUAGCAGACCUCAUCCAGGCGGCCGUGGCGAAGAGUGGCGAAGGCGCGAACCCGCGAGCAGAGAUCGGAUCUACUCUCGUCUCAUCGCUCAUGUCCCUUCAAGGCUCUGAGGAUGAGUCUGGGGCUAAGAUCUCUGCUUACGCCCAUCUUGUGGCCCUCAUCUUACAGGAUCGCGACUUCUUCGAUUCGACGCUGGAUGAGCUGAGAGAGUACUUUGACGCCAUUGCGACGUGGGUCUACAUUGACUCCGAGAAGACUUCCGAAGACGCACCAUGGAUUGAGGCGGUCUUGGCUAUCAUUGAGCGGGUUCUUGCGGAGGAUGAAGAGCCAGCGGAGAUCAGCUGGAAGCCUCCACCUGCUGAGGAUCCACUGAAAGAGAUGCCGGAGCCAGAGGUGCCGGAACCGUGGGUGUCGCACGACUCCCGGACACACUUGUUCGACCGCUUGGUUGAACUUCUGCCGAAGGUUGGCAAGAAUGCUUCUUUGGCUCUGUCGGUAUCCCGCGUCCUGGUCGCUCUCACGCGGCGACGCGACUUUGCGCUGCGCCUAAGCGAGAAGCCUUCGAUGUCACGGCUCUUCCUCAUGAUCAGGCAGCUGGCUGGUUCUGUCGACGAGAAGCUGCAGGGCUGCUUCAUGAUCAUCCUCAGGCACAUGGUUGAAGAUGAGGCGAUGCUGCGCCAGAUCAUGCGCACUGAGAUCAAGGCGGCGUUUGAGAAUCACCGCUCGUCACGGCCCAUGGAUUCCACGACCUACACCAGGAAUCUGUAUCACCUUGUGCUGCGCGAUCCGGGUCUUUUUGCCAAGGUUACCCAGGAGCUUGUGGAGGUGGCACGAUAUGAUGGCAGCCCGCAUAGAGCGCAGUCUUUGACGCUGAAGAAGGACAAGCCGGCCGAAGCAGCUCCACCGAAGCCUGAGCAGCCUGAGCAGCCAGCGGAAGGUGACAGUGGUGCGCAGAAGAGCAUCGAGGAGACCAGCGCCGAAGGAGCAGCCAAGCCCACUGAAGCAAAGCCGCCUACUGUCGAAGUCACCGACGGAGUCGUGCAGUUCCUGCUUCGUGAGCUGUCGAACUACCGGGAUGUUGAAGACAAGCAGUCUAAUUCCACCAAGGAGAAUGCUAGUGCUCCAACGAACGGCACCUCCUCUGGCGAUGUCGAGAUGUCCGAUGCUGCACCUAGCACGACCACUCCUUCGACCGAAUCCAGUAGCAAGACGGAGAAGCAGGCGUUCAAGCCAGAGGAGCACACCAUCUACAUCUACCGCUGCUUCAUCAUGCAGUGUCUGGCCGAGCUGCUUUCAUCUUACAACCGCACCAAGGUGGAAUUUAUCAACUUCUCUCGGAAGCCGGAGACGCAGCCUGCGACUCCUUCAAAGCCUCGCGCCGGCACGCUCAACUAUCUGCUCAAUGCCUUGAUCCCUGUAGGCACACUUGAGCACCGCGACGACAUCGCCCUUCGCAAGAAGCUGUCGACAUCCCACUGGGCUACCUCGGUCAUCGUGUCCUUGUGUUCGAAGACGACUGAGUUCCAGACACCGCGCGAAAUCACCCUCGACGACUCAAGCGAUGAUGAGAGCGAUCUCACCUAUGUCCGGAAGUUCGUUCUUGAACAUGCUCUCCGAGCUUUCAAGGAAGCUACCACGUCGACUGAGCAGCUGGAUGUGCGCUACUCCCGCCUGCUUGCGCUCGGCGAGCUUUUCAACAGGGUGCUCAGCUCCAAGACCGAAAUCACCUCAACCACUAGAGCCGGCACGAGCGCAGUGUCGUCGCAGCAGAUCGGCAAGCUGAUGUAUGAGCGUAACUUCAUUCCCGCUCUGACCUCUGCGAUCGCUGAGCUUGACCUCAACUUCCCUAACGCCAAGCGGGCAGUGAAGUACAUCCUUGGGCCGCUCAAGCAGCUCACAGAUCUCGGAGUGUGGCUCAGUCAGAACACUGACAUCUCGUCUUCGAGCACGGGUGGCACUACCGACGAGGAAGAGAUCUCUUCGGCAACUUCGCUUUCGGACGAAGACGAGGAGCGCGAGCAGACGCCUGAUCUCUACCGCAACUCUACCCUGGGCAUGUUUGAGUCCAGCGCGAACCGCGGCGAAGAGUCCUCGUCCGAGAGCGAUGGAGAUGAGGACGACCAGGAUAUGUAUGAUGGCUAUGACGAAGAGAUGGACUACGAAGGCGAUCCGAUGCAGGACGGAGACCAUGGCGACGUCAUCAGCGACGAAGAUGAAGACAUUGAAGACAACGGCGAGAUGGGUCCAAUCGAAGGCCUUCACGGCGACGUUGACAUGGAUGUAGAUAUUGUGGUGGAAGGCGACGAGGAUGACAUGGAUGAUGAGGAUGGGAGCAGUGAUGAAGACGGAGAUGACGAAGAUGACGAGGACGGAGAUGAUUUCGACGACCAGAUGGACGAGAUCACUGGCGACGACGAGAAUGCGAGCAUGCCUGACCACGACCAUGGAGAUCAGUGGGAGGAUGAUGAUCUUGAGCAAGCGAUGAUGGCCGAUGGUGGAUCGCCUCAUGGUGGCCCGCUUGAUCAGCUCGCGCGAGUUAUCGGUGGACCUCCGGAUGAGGAGUAUGAUGAGGCAGACGAUGUGGUCCGCAUCGAUGUCAAUGACGAAGAUGGGCCUGACUACUUCGAAGACGAGAUGCCGCCCGACGAGGAUGACGAUGAGGAGCCAGACUAUGAGAACGAGUUGGUGUAUGAGCCGGAAGUCGAAGGUUUGUGGACGAGAAUGCGUGAGCUAUUGAACGAGCUACAGAGGUUUGACAAUCCUGCAGAUGAAGACGACGAGGAUGACGGGCGCUGGGGUGGAUGGGACGCUCCGCCACCUCCAGGACGCAUGUUCGACGGCGGCCAUCACCAUCACCACGGCAUCAACUUCGACAGUAUGUUCCGCAUGGCCGCUAACGGUGAAGGCUUCAGAGUUCCGGGAAUGAGGACGCAUCGGACCACAACAGGCGGUCGUGCCGGCGGCGAAGACGAUGGCACCAACCCGCUACUGCAACGUGAGGGUAGCGGCGGCGACCGUGAUCGACCAGCAGGAUUCCCACCGGGUGCAGCCCGACGCAUGGGUCUUCCUCGCAACGGUGAUGCUAUUAUUCAGGACCUUGUCAACUCAAUUGGAGGUGCCGGUAACCACGCCAUCAAUGUUAACAUUGAGCCACGGUUUGGUGGAGGCAUUCCUCAGAUGCCACCCAUGUUCGCCAUCGGUGACAGGCACGGACACGCUCUGGUCGACAUUGAUCCAAGCCGGCCAUGGCGAGAGCAGAUCGGCCUGCCUCGCUUUGCAGACUUGACGCCAUCUCACAGAGCCCAUGGAGCUCGCACACCAAGCUCCGAUGAGGCUCAGGCUGUUGAGUUCCGCCCUGUCUUAACGGUGAGCCGCUGGCAGGAAGAGGCUAGGAUGCUCUUCAGCGGCAAGCAUCUCGAGAAGGCCACACGUAUCAUCAGCACGCUGCUUCGCCUGCUUGUGCCUGCCGCGAUGGAAGCCAAGAACAAGGCGGAAGCUGAGAGGAAGGCUGCAGAGGAGAGGAUGAGGGAGGAUGCGAAGAAGAGAGAAGAGGCCGAGAAGGCUGCGCGUGAAGCACGUGAGGAGAAGGAGCGCCUGGAGCGGCAGGAGAAAGAAGCGAGGGAAGCAGAAGAGGCUCGCGCGCGUGAAGAGGCGGAGAGGGCUGCCGCUGAGGCUGGCCAAAGUGAAGAGAGCACGACGAUGGAGGGCGUGGAAUCUUCUCAAGCGGCAUCGGAUCCGCCCACGAGUGUGCCGUCCGAAGCGCAGCCUGCGGAGCCGGCUACCGAGCGCAUCACCACUACCAUCGGAGGUCGCGAGGUUGAUAUCACCAGUCUCGGAAUCGACCCUGGCUAUCUCGAAGCGCUGCCAGAAGAGAUGCGGCAAGAGGUCAUCAUGGGCCAGUUUGCUGAGCAGCGCUCACAAGCUGCUCAAUCUGGUGGGCAGCCCAAUGAGAUCAGCCCUGAGUUCUUGGAAGCCUUGCCACCAGAGAUCCAGCGGGAGCUGCUUCGCUCGGAGGCGAUGGACCGUCGCCGUCGCGAGCAGGAAGAGGCCCGCCGUCAAGCCGCCCAGGCAGGCAAUGCUCCAGCCGCACAGGCGGAGGAUAUGGACAACAGCAACUUCAUAGCGACCUUGGACCCUACCUUGAGGCAGUCGGUCCUCUUAGAAGCAGACGAAGCCACCCUGGCGACCUUGCCCGAACACCUCCAGGCCGAAGCUCGUGCACUAGGCGGUCGUCGCUUGCCUCGUGCAGACCAGCUCGGAGGAGCAGGCCGAUAUGGUGACGCAUCCGGCCGCUUGGAUCGCGCGUACCUCAAUCGCGCCGAGCACUAUCAGCGUGAAGCCGAGCGUCAGCGUCGUCCGGUGGUUCAGAUGCUGGACAAGGCUGGCAUUGCAACGCUACUGCGGCUGAUGUUCGUCUCGCUGCACCACAAGGCUAAGAACAACCUCCACAGCAUUCUAUCGGACGUCUGCAAGAACACCCACAACCGCGCUGAGGUGAUCAGCAUCCUCCUCUCCAUUCUGCAGGACGGUACUCUGGAUGUCAAUGCUGUCGAGCGCAGCUUUGCUGCGUUGUCGUUGCGAGCGAAGCAAACAUCUGCACCAAAGACACCGCAGCCUCUGAAGCGGACAGUGACCGGGACUAUGGCUGCACCUGGAGCUGAGCUGUCGCCACUCAACAUCGUGCAGCAGUGCUUGGCCACAUUGAACGCACUUUCGACCGACAAUAGCAGAGUGCCUUCAUUCUUCUUGACCGAGCACGAGACUGUCAUCAGCCAGAAGACGAAGAGCGCGAAGAAGGGCAAAGGACACGAGAGCAGGGCAGCCAAAUUCCCGCUCAAUGCUUUGCUCACUCUGCUGGAUCGCAAGCUCAUCACGGAGAACCCUGGCGUUAUGGAAACUCUUGCUUCUCUGCUUAGCCGAGUUGCUCGCCCACUGCAGCACCUUUACAAGCGGCAGGAGUCCAAGGACGAGCAGGCAAAGGAGGCAAAGGAAUACGUUGAAGCGCCAACUGGUGACGUUCAAAUGGGCGAGGCUGCAGGCCCGUCGACCACGGACAAUGCUGGCGACAGUGCCACAGCAGAGUCAUCCACCGAGGCGCAAGAGCCUAAGCCCGAAGAUGCAGAGGCCAGCGACAAGAAGCCUGAAGAGAAGAAGAAGCAUCGCGACCUCGUUGCGCCAGACGUUCCAGAGGAGAACAUCCGCCUGGUCGUCAACAUCUUCACCGCACGGGAAUGCCCAAGCAAGACCAUGUCAGAGACGCUGGAUGUCAUUCGCUAUUUGUCCUACAUUCCUGGUGCUCGGGAAGUCUUUGCCAGGGAGCUCGUUCGCCAGGCACAACAGCUGAGCGAAGCGGUUCUCGGAGAUUUGCAGGAGCUCGCAAAGCAGAUCGAUGCUGCGGAGUCAGGCACAAGCAUGCAGGGAGUGGCCCUGGCCAACUUCUCUUCUGCCACUUCGCAACAACAGAAGCUACUGCGUACGGUGACAGCGCUCGACCACCUCUUCGACCCUGAGCAAAUGCCAUCUCUGCCAGCCUCAUCUCCAGCAGCGUCUCAGCCCAAGCUCCGCGAAGAGAUCCUGGCCACGCUCUACGAGAGUCCGACCUUCGACAAGCUUUGGGACAAUCUGAGCCAGUGUCUUACUGCAAUCCGCAAGAAGGGCAACAUGAUCAACGUGGCUGCGAUCUUGCUUCCUCUCAUUGAGUCGCUGAUGGUGGUCUGUCGCAACACUUCGCUGAAGGAGCCAGCGGUCGAAACUUCGUCACCACUUACUGUCAGCACGCCGCCACCUGCCGCGCACCUCGAGAGCCUCUUCUUCAAGUUCACGGAAGAGCACCGCAAGAUCCUGAACGAGCUUAUUCGCACGAACCCGAAGCUGAUGAAUGGCAAGUUUGCGGUCCUCGCCAAGAACUCCAAGGUCUUGGAGUUCGACAACAAGCGCGCCUUCUUUACCCGCAAAGUGCAUACUCGGCCGACCCAGGGUAAUCAGCGAUUGUCGCACCCUGCUCUGCAGCUCAAUGUUCGCCGAGAUCAAGUAUUCCUGGACUCGUUCAAGUCGCUGUACUACAAGAGUGGCGACGAGGUCAAGUAUGGCAAGCUCAACAUCCGCUUCCACAACGAGGAGGGCAUCGACGCAGGCGGUGUUUCGCGAGAAUGGUUCGCUGCCAUGGCCCGCCAAAUGUUCAAUCCGGACUAUGCGUUGUUCAACCCUGUGGCCUCCGACCGGACGACCUUCCAUCCGAACCCGGUCAGCGAGGUCAAUCCAGACCACUUGACCUUCUUCAAGUUCAUCGGUCGGAUUAUCGCCAAGGCGCUUUACGAAGGGCGCGUUCUCGAUUGCCAUUUCAGUCGAGCGGUGUACCGCAGGAUCCUUGGCAAGUCCGUGUCGCUGAAGGACAUGGAAAGUCUGGAUCUGGAAUAUUACAAGUCGCUCGUGUGGAUUCUGGAGAACGACAUCACCGACAUCACGUUUGAGACCUUUUCUGUCGAUGUGGAUCGCUUUGGUGCUGUUGAGACAGUCGAUCUCAUUCCAAAUGGCCAGAACAUCCCGGUCACAGAAGAGAACAAGCAAGACUAUGUCCGCCUGGUGGUCGAGCAUCGCCUUGUCAAGUCGGUUGAGGACCAGCUGGAGAACUUCCUGGCUGGUUUCCACGAGAUCAUCCCAGCCGAGCUGAUCUCCAUCUUCAACGAGCAGGAGCUGGAGCUUCUCAUCUCAGGUCUGCCUGAAAUCGAAAUCGACGACUGGAAGGCCAACACAGAAUACCACAACUAUCAGGCGACAUCACCACAGAUCCAGUGGUUCUGGCGUGCGGUACGCAGCUUCGACAAGGAAGAGAAGGCGAAGCUGCUGCAGUUCGUCACCGGCACAAGCAAAGUGCCGCUCAACGGGUUCAAGGAGCUCGAAGGCAUGAACGGGUUCGCCAAGUUCAACAUCCAUCGUGACUACAGCAGCAAGGAGAAGCUACCGUCCAGUCACACAUGCUUCAACCAGCUCGAUUUGCCGGAGUAUGAGAGCUACGAGCAUUUGAGGCAGCAGCUUUAUACUGCGAUUACGGCGGGGAGCGAGUAUUUCGGUUUUGCUUAA